ACGUGCCGAGUUUUGAACCCGCUCAACGGCUCUCUUCUCCGUCCCGGUCCGUUAUCGACCGUUGCAGCAAAACUAAAAACGCUCCUCCGCUCCUCCUCAGGAAGAAGAACAAAAAAACAGCUGUAUUUUAUAGUACUGCACACCCCACUCACUCACUACCACACACCUGAUCCCCAGACAGCACCGCCGUACAGCGGAGGAGGGGCCGACGAUGGCGGCGGCGACGGCCUUCACGGAGGAGGAGAGGGCGGUGGACGAAUCGCUGGGCUACCCCAAGGCCUACGCCAAGCUCUGCCGCGGCGGCGGUCUGCUCGGCCUCCCCUACGCCCACGGCCCGCCCCACGCCUUCCUCCCCUACGUCCUCCAGCCCCACGAGGCGCUGCGGGCCAAGGACCUGAACGAGAUGUUCCCGGUGGUGGACGCGGAGGCGCUCCCGGCCGCCAACCCGCGGGGCUUCGCCAGCCUCCUCUGGAAGCAGCUCGACCACCUCGGCAACGCAGGAUUCGACCCAGCGCUCUUCCGCGUCGACGCCUACGGCAACGUCCUCUACCUCCAUGCCGACUCCGCCUCCCCGCUCGCCUGGGACGUCCACCACUGGUUCCCCUGCGCCAGGGGAGGGAAGACGGUUCCCAGCAACCUGAGGGUCGUGCAGGCGCAGGUGUGCAGGAAGAAGCAGAACAAGCUCGAGUUCCUCGUCCCGUGGUGGGAUCUGCAGCUCGGCAUCUCCGUCAGCCAGUUCCUCUCCAUCUUCGCCUCCAAGAACUCCGACUUCAGGAACAGAGCAUUCGCCUUCUUGUUCGCCGACGGGGCCAGCGAGGAGCUGAGCGCGCUGCAGGCGGUGGAGGCGCACGCGUUCCCGCAGCACUUCUCGGAGAUGACCAAGAAAGUAGGCCUCGCGCCUGCCGCCAUCGUGACAGCGAGGGGUUCUGACAGCCCGGUGCUCAGAUCCCUUGACGCCAACAGACCACUCAGGUCCAAUUACCCUUUGAUCGCUGCAAAGAAAUUCUCCGGCGAAAAGGAUGAGAACUUGGCAACGCACGGCCAUGGGACUAAUUCGACGAGAGAGAACAACAACCCAGAUGUUGAUGGCUACAUUAGCAAUCCUCACUUGUCCAUUGCCAUGGCUAGGGACUCGCUGAGGCAGAGAGAAGAGUCCAAGAAGAAGCAAGCCGAGCUCGCGGAAUUGGAGAAUGAAUUGACCGAGAUGCAGCAGAAGAAUGAGCAGGAGAGGGUAGCCAUCCAGGACCUGGAAGCUCACCUGAUCAAGAGGCGUCGGCGAGUAGAGAAGUGCCGCCGCUUGGCUGAGGCCCAGUCCAACUACAAGGCGGUGCUGGAGAAGAUGAUCAGAGACGCCAUGCACCAGAGUGUUGUGUACAAGGAACAGCUGAGGUUGAACCAAGCUGCAACUAGUACUCUGAUGGCAAGACUAGAGGCCCAGAGAGCAAUGUGCGACUCCUCUGAAACAGAGCUCCGCAGGAAGUAUCAGCACAGGGAUGAUCUGGAGAGGCAGGUCAAGCCUUUCAUCGAUCAAGCAAGGAAGAGGUACCGGGUUGACGAUGAGAUGCCAGAGGAAAUGCGCCCCGAGAGCGUAAAGUACUUGUCGCAGAGAAGAUUGAGGAGCAGCCCUCGCAAACAGGAGCUGAGAGAUUUCCUGGAGGAGGCUCAUAGGGCUUCAGAUGCAUACAUCUCCCUGGAGGAUGAAGAAAUUGGACAAGGAACUUCAACAAUAGGUUAUGCUAAGAAUGAAUCUCCUAAGGUGAUAAACUUCCCAAGGAGAUCACUCUCCACUGAAGAGAACACAGGUUACACUGAAAGAGGGAGAGUUUCGUCGGUCCGGGAGAAGCUAGAACAAUCGGCAAUCCAACAACGGCAUCGUAGCAGCAGGAGAGAGAGGAAGGAAACCAUGGCAGCAAGGGGGAUUGGUACACCUAUGAGGACAAAAACUGAUACUAAGGGCAAGGCAGCCAUGCUUGAGCCUGAGACUGAAAAAUCUCAUGCAAGCCAGACAGUAUCAUUUGCAAGGACCUCCUCGGUUGCGCCAAGUCCUCCGUACAGAGCGACCGGCGUUUAUGGAAUGCCAAGGUACCCCGAGCAGUCACUGCUAUUGCAAAAGAAUGAGGUGCUUCAUCCUCGACAUGCCGUCAGAUCGGAAGAAAAUGAAGACAUGAACUAUACUGGCAAAGGCAAUGUGGAUAAGUGGCUUCAUAUGCUCAUGGAGGAUCAGCAAGAAGAACCUGCAGCACACUGCUCUUCAGAGAACCACGAUGCUGCCGAGGAGAACGCUUGGGAUGAGCAGCAAGUGCAGAGCGGAAUCGCCGGCGACGAGACCUGCAGGAAUGAGAUCACUGAAUGUUCUGAAGAAAUCGUCGAAGUCGGUGGCGAGAGCGCUACUCACCAUGGCACUCCAAGAUGCAGUAACAGCUUUGACAUCAAGGAGGAGAGGGAGGAAAGGAAGAUCUGGUUCCCGAGGUCUGAAAGCGGUAGGGGUUUCCGGUCUCUGCCUUCCUCGCCUUCCAAGAUCCUGGGAAUGAGAGGCAGGAAGCCUAAGGCAACCAGUGACGAUGACCGCAGAUCCGUCUACGAGGAUGCGGUGUCCACAAGCAGCAGCAAGUUCCUGAGCAAAUGCAGGCAGGCAAUCAAGAAAGCAGUACACAAAUGAGGCAACCUCAGCCUGUUUGUUUCUCUUCAUUCUUUUCCAUGUGUGUUUACAUUUGUCUGAAAUAUUAUUGUUUCUGUCUCUGAAUAAGUUAGUGAGUGAGGCGUAGCUUGCAGAAUUCCUUCUGAGGCGCUGUCUGUAAUCUGAGAGAUAUUUGUGGCCAGGUCAGUGAUCACGUUCGUUGGUGUCUUGUACUGUACAACUAUUUGUUGAUUUGUGAAUGAAAGGAGAAUUUUAAAUUUUAAA